CAUGCGGAUUCACGUGGCGUGCAUACCGUCAUGUUCAGUAGCGCGAAGAUGCCGAAAGAGACGCCCCGAAUUGUGCGCUUUGCUUACACAGAUUUUACAACAAAUUCCAGCAAGAUCACUGCUAGAUGUUCGAUAUGUAAACGAACCAUUGAGGAGAAGACCGGGACAACCUCAAACUUCAACAGACAUCUGUCAAGGAUGCACCCAGAAAAGUUUCAAGAAUACCGUGCCUCCACUGCUUCAGAUGUGAUGCCAGCUGCUUCAGGUCAGAAGACUAUCACAUCAUUUUUAAAUGAUGGACAGCAAAGGAUGUACGACCUCAAACAUCCACGUCAGAAGGCUAUAAGUGAUGCCCUUGUAAAAGAUCUAAUCAUUAAGUGCUGCUUGCCACUCUCCAUCGUUGACAACGAGGACUUCAAGCACUUCCUGCAUGUCCUGGACCCUCAGUACCGGCCCAUAGCAAGAUCCACAAUUUCCUCUGUGACCAUUCCAGGAAUGGUGGAAGUCAAGAAAGAACAGAUAAAGAACCAGCUGGCAGAAGCAUCGAGUGUUGCUGUUACCACAGACAUUUGGAGUGAUCGAAAGAUGCGGUCAUUCCUUGGAGUGACAGCACACACAGUGGCAAUGGAUAAAAAAAAAACAGGAACUCAGCCUUCAGUCAUAUCUUCUUUCCUGCAAAAGAGUGCAUGGGAAACACUCAGGAGAGAAGAUUGCAAUGAUGUUUGAAUGCUGUGCUGAAGAAUACCUGAUUAAGGACAAGAUCAACUUUGUCAUAACUGACAAUGCAUCCAACAUGAGAAAAGCUUUCCAGGCCAGCUUUCCCCUAGAGGAUCCUUGUGAUGCUGAAGCUCAUGAUCCCAGCACAUUUG